GGGAUGCAUGUCAUAGUUAAAUAAAGAAUUAAGGGGUGUCAGAGAUUCCAACAGGGGGUCUUGUGUCUUGAGAUUGCAUAGCCACCUCACAAUGAGCAGAGAUGAUAGAUGAGUGAAGACAGCAGGGAAAGCAUAUUAACUCAACCUAUAUCCCUUUUUGGAUCUGUGUCAAUUCUCUUCCCCAGACCUCGGACCUGUUUGCCAUGAUCGAGAAAAUUCAGGGUUGCAGAAUGGAUGAGCAAAGAUGCCCCCUCCCUCCGCCCCUCAAAACGGAAGAGGACUACAUCCCUUAUCCCAGCGUUCAUGAGGUUCUGGGUCGCACUAGCCCUUUUCCACUCAUCCUGCUGCCCCAGUUUGGAGGAUACUGGAUUGAGGGGACCAAUCAUGAACCAAAAGACCCACCAGAGGCUGAUCAACCGCCCUGUCCUGCCUCCCACAUCAAACUGGAGACAAACAGCACUGCCAAGAUCUACAGGAAGCAUUUCAUGGGAAAGGAACAUUUUAAUUAUUACACCAUGGAUGCUGCCCUGGGCCACUUGGUCUUUUCCAUGAAGUACGAUGUCAUUGGGGAUCAAGAGCAUCUGCGCUUGAUGCUUCGCACAAAGCUAAAAACCUACCAUGAUGUGAUUCCCAUUUCCUGCCUUACCGAGUUCCCCAAUGUGGUUCAGAUGGCCAAGCUUGUUUGUGAAGAAGUAAAUGUGGAUAGGUUUUAUCCUGUCCUAUACCCAAAGGCAUCAAGGCUUAUUGUGACCUUUGAUGAGCAUGUGAUCAGCAACAACUUCAAGUUUGGGGUUAUUUAUCAAAAGUUUGGCCAGACAUCAGAGGAAGAGCUGUUUGGGAACAUGGAAGAAAGUCCGGCCUUUGUUGAGUUGUUGGAGUUUCUGGGCCACAAGAUUGAGCUUCAUGACUUUAAAGGGUUUCGGGGUGGGCUGGAUGUCACUCAUGGACAGACAGGGACAGAAUCUGUCUACACAAGUUUCCAUAAUAAGGAGAUUAUGUUUCAUGUGUCCACCAAGCUGCCUUACACAGAAGGAGACUCACAGCAGCUGCAGAGGAAGAGGCACAUAGGCAACGACAUUGUAGCCAUCGUGUUCCAGGAGGAGAACACGCCCUUUGUACCAGACAUGAUCCAGUCCAACUUCCUGCAUGCGUAUGUGGUGGUGCAGGUGGAGAAUGCAUGCACGGAUAAUGUCACCUACAAGGUGUCUGUGACAGCGCGGGAUGAUGUACCUUUCUUUGGGCCUGCCCUGCCUGACCCUGCCAUCUUCAAAAAGGGCCACGAGUUUCGUGAGUUCCUGUUUACCAAGCUCAUCAAUGCAGAGUAUGCCUGCUACAAAGCUGAGAAGUUUGCUAAGCUUGAGGAGCGCACACGCUCAGCCCUGUUGGAGACUCUCUAUGAGGAGCUGCACAUUAACAGCCAGUCCAUGAUGGGUCUGGGUGGAGACGAAGAUAAGCUGGAGAACGGGGGCGGAGGAGGCGGAGGAGGAGGAGGCUUCUUUGAAUCCUUUAAGCGGGUCAUCCGCAGCAGAAGCCAGUCUAUGGACGCCAUGGGCCUCAGUAACAAGAAGUCACACACAGUCUCCACUAGUCACAGUGGCAGCUUUACCCAUAAUCCCGCAGAGAGCCCCAAAACCCCAGGGAUUUCAUUGCUUGUUCCAGGGAAAAGUCCCAGUAAAUAUGGACGCCGGGGCAGUGCCAUAGGGAUAGGAACAAUAGAAGAGUCAUUGAUCAUUCCUGGGAAAAGCCCAACCAGGAAAAAGUCUGGGCCCUUCAGCUCCCGUCGCAGCAGCGCCAUUGGCAUCGAGAACAUCCAGGAGGUCCAAGAGAGGAGCCGGGAGGUGUCUCCCAGCACCCAGAGGACACCAGACUGCAGCCACUUCUCACAGGAAAACAAAUCAGACAACUCCUCCAAUCACAGUUCUCCAGAAUUUCCUGCUACUAAGAACAGUUUGGCAAUGUGUUGCAGGGCGGCGUCCAUCCCCGAGGCUCAGGACCUUUCCCGCUCCUCCUCCAAUGCCAGCAGCUUUGCCAGCGUAGUGGAGGAGCAUGAGGCAGACGAGGAGUACGACACUGGACUGGAAAGUGUGUCUUGUGUUACACCACUCAAGAGAGACUCAUUUGUGUACAGCUCUACGGUGGAGGACAGUGCAUGCAGCACCAGCCAGGGAAGUUUUCCAGCAGCUCCUCAUCUUCAGCAGCAACCGGACGGAGUGAAGACAUCAGAGCCAAAAGGGACAGACAGCCAGCCCAAGACAGAGCGUUCCUCGCAGGAGCACAAGUUCUCAUCGAACUGUUAGCCACACUCCCGUGAUCAUUACAUCGACAUUUUCAGCAUCCCCAUAAGAGGCAUCUUUUGCCAAAAACAAGCCACGGGCAUAUGAACUACACCCCUGAUGCAGAAGAGGAGCAGAGUUAGAAGCCAGAUAUUGAGACUGACAGAUCUUCCUUUGUAAGUUUGGCAUGGAUCUGCUGCCUGUCACGACAGACACCCAGCUCCAUGGACAUGUACCUACCUAUCGCCCUCAUUCCAGCUCUGAGUGGGACCCUCCUUGAAUGGUCAAGGCAAAGGAAAUGAGACCUCCACACCCAUGCAGCAUCACUACUGACUCAUUUGUCAGCUGGCUUAGACGAAUAAGUCUGGCUGCUCAUUCUUCAGGCCAGUAAGCUCUGAAUUCUUACUGUAACACUCAAAUGUUGUCCUCUUUUAAAGAUCAGGACUCGAACAGGGUUUUAAUCUUGCAACAUAAAGGGUGGUAAAAGAAAUGGAGACCGAUCAAAAAACUGGAGUUUAGCGUGUGAAACAGUGAAACAGUGGGUCUGUAGAGAGGAGAGUUGCACUAGAGAGGAAAAUGUCAACCUCACAUCCCACUGUGAUAUUGUACAUGGGUUAAACUUUGAUGUACCGGGUGUGUGUGUGUGUGUGUGUGUGUGUGUGUGGCUGUCUGUUGGGCCACAUUUUGUGUUUUAUUGAUGAUCUAUUCUUCUUCUUCUGAAUAUUCUGCAGUGGAUAUUUGUCUUGUUUUACGACAGCUUCAGUAAAUCUGUCAUGUUUUUGAUGGAGGGUACUUCUGUGAUGCUGUUGUUGGUGGCUUUAAUAGCGCCUUCCUUCGAGGUGGGUGAAAGGUGACAUAUACCACAGAAAAUGCAUCUGCAAUUUUUAAAUUCAAAAUUUAAUUGUAAGUCUGUAGAAAAAAAAGAAAUAUUUUAACAUAAGUGUAGACUCUAUUGAUGCUAUAUAAUUAGAGUAAAAAAACGUAAUUACUGUAGUACCCCAACCAGCAACAUGCAUCCUUAAUCCACACUUCAAGGUACUGAUGUUUAUACCCUUGUCUCCAAAUACUCUUUGUCACGCACCACUUGUUGAUUUGAUGUCUGUGUACGGGUGUGUGUAUACAAUACAACAGUACUGUGCAUGGUGUAAAUCUGCUUGCCAAAAACCUCUCCUCUGUACACUGGUGCCAUGCUUGACAUAGAGGUGUUGUCCCUGUGAUUUGUGUUUUAUUAAAAACCAGCCAACAUCUCCAGAUGCAGUGCACAUUGCUGAUAGAGAGCCAAAUGCCAGUUUCCUACUUUAUUUGUAAAGUGUAAUAUAUGUACGUGACCCAAGCACUACAUUUUGAGUUAUUUCAAAAUGCUGACCUUUUGAAAAAACCUGAUUUGUUGCUGAAUAAGAAUUACACUGUGAUUCGUCUUGAAGUUGCCUUUGUAAUGAUUGUGUCGCGUGAGCUGCUUUGGAAGAUGGUCAUACUUAAAGGCACUGCGUUGCCAGCUGGCAACUGAAUGUAAAACUAUAGGCAGAUAUGCAUUUAUUUGUUCAUACUGUGUUGACUCCUGACCACAGUAAACUAGAGUCUGAAACAGCUCACCUCUCCUGAGCAGAGAAGCUUUUU